UGCGUCACGUGACGCGCACCGCUCGGCUCAACAUGGCGACGAGAGGUUUCAGUGUAGCUUAGUAACAAGAAGCCUCCCGUCCGAACCGAAGAAAGAGCCGUUUAUCUCGCGUUUCCGGACCCGCUCGGGCUCGGCUCUUUCUCGGUUAGUACGAAUCCCGGUGUCCCGUUAAAACGCACCUUCUCAAAUAAAGCAGGAACCAAUGAACGCAGUUCUACGGGCAGCUAGCUUAGAGUUAGCAUCAGCGCUAGCAUGGUGUAUUGGUAAACAGUGAUUGACACGCUGCUCCGAGGACGUGUUUUACCUCACGCGGAUUACCAACUUCUGCUUCGGGACCGAGCUCUGCAGCAGCAGGAUGUCGGGGAGAAGCAGAGACCAGUACAAACAGGGAGACCUGGUGUUCGCCAAGAUGAAGGGCUUCCCCCACUGGCCUGCGAGGAUCUUUAAGCCGGACAACGGAAACAAGAAGCGAGUCCUGGUCUUCUUCUUCGGGACCCACCAGAUAGGUCAGGUCCUCCUUAAGAACAUCGUCCCCUUCGUCGGGAACAAGAUGAAGUACGGCUGCGGCGUCCGCAGCAAAGGCUUCUCCGAGGGCAUGUGGGAGAUCCAGAACACGCCAGGAGUCGGCAGUAAACCCAAAGCUCCAACCAACACGCUAACUGCCGCUAAAGCGCCACCCGCUAAAGCGCCACCCGCUAAAGCCCCACCUGCUAAAGCCCCACCUGCUAAAGCCCCACCCACUAAAGCCCCACCCGCGACCUCUUCUGAUAAACCCUCACAGGACCAACUUAAAUCCACCGCCAGCAGCAAGCGGCUCACCCGUAGACAGGAAGCGGCGAGGGUGUCGCUGAGAUCCGCGCCGCAGAAAACGCUGGAGUCCAAACCGUCGUCGGGCGAGACCUCCGCCAGCACGAGGAGCAGGAGGUCGGCCGCUGGAGGGAGAAGUGAGGAGGAGAAGGAGUGUUUAUUUGAGGGGGAAGUGAUCAAACGCGCUUCACACGCACGAGGAAGACGACCACCUGUUGUGACCUCGACAGUGAGCGAGAAGCCGCAAGCUGCUCCGACACUAAUGUCAAAGAACAAGGGAGGACCGAGAGAAGAGGAGGAGUCAUCACAGAGCCAAGGAGUCAAGAAGAGGAGAGACAAGGAGGAAGAGAAGGAGUCAUCACAAGGCCAAGGAGUCAAGAAGAGGAGAGACAAGGAGGAAGAGAAGGAGUCAUCACAAGGCCAAGGAGUCAAGAAUAAAGACAAGGGGGAAGAGAAGGAGUCAUCACAGAGCCAAGGUGUCAAGAAGAGGAAAGACAAGGAGGAAGAGGAGGAGUCAUCACAGGCCCAAGGUGUCAAGAAGAGGAAAGACAAGGAGGAAGAGAAGGAGACAUCACAGACCCAAGGUGUCAAGAAGAGGAGAGACGACAAGGAGGAAGAGAAGGAGUCAUCACAGGCCCAAGGUGUCAAGAAGAGGAGAGACGACAAGGAGGAGGAGAAGGAGUCAUCACAGACCCAAGGAGUCAAGGAGGAAGAGAAGGAGACAUCACAGACCCAAGGAGUCAAGGAGGAAGAGAAGGAGACAUCACAGACCCAAGGAGUCAAGAAGAGGAAAGACAAGGAGGAAGAGAAGGAGACAUCACAGACCCAAGGAGUCAAGAAGAGGAAAGACAAGGAGGAAGAGAAGGAGUCAUCACAGAGCAAAGGAGUCAAGAAGAGGAGAGACGACAAGGAGAAAGAGAAGGAAACAAAUGAGGCCGGUGGUGAAGGAAGGAGAAAGGAGACGACGGUGAGGAAAGGAGUGAAACAAAAGAAAGAGGAGGAACAGAAGCAAGGUGAAGGUGUGGAGGGAGAAAGAGGAGCAGAGGUAAAAGAGACACAGAAAGAGGAGGAGCCAUCAGAGCGCCGAGGAGUCAAGAGGAAGAGCGACUACGGCGAAUCAGCGAAGGAAGAGGAGGAGAAACCGAAGAAGACAAAGCCAGAUGAAGGAGGUGUGGACGGACAUAAAGAAACGAUGAAAACGCCAGAGGGCCGAGUGAUGAAGACGAGGAGAGCCGGGAAAACACAACGAGGAGGAGGAAAGGAAGCGGAGAGGACAAGGAGGCAGACUAGGUCAGGUAGCGAAGGAAAGAAAAUGAUGACAGUAAAGACGGAAACCGAGCGGGACGGACAGGAGGAGGAGGUGACGGGGGAGAAAGGGAGCAAAGGGACGAAGGCGAGGAGAGCAGAGGAAGAGGAGGAGCCGGGGGGCGGCGCUGUGGACGAGGAGAGACAGCGCCGCCUGGCGGCCAAGAGAGAAUGUCUGCUGAGGUCUCUGAGGGGCCUCCUGAAGGCCGGCAGAGGAGGGAGGAGGUCCCAGAAGAAGAGCAGAGGCGGAGCCAACAAGAAGGUGGAGGAGCAGAAGAAGAGAAGAAGUCAGGCGGCAGCGUUGGAGGAGAAGAAGAAGAAGAAGAGUCCGACCGGCAGGAAGUCUGUCGGCAAGAAAGAGAAAGAAACGACGACGGAGGUGAAACCCGAAGGAGGUGCUGAGAAAGACGAAGAGGAGAAGGUGUUGGGGAAGGACGAGUGCAAGACAGAGAGGGACAAGAAGACAGACGGCGGAAAAACUUUGGGUGACGUGAAGACAAAAGAAAAGGAGGAGGGGUCGAAGACGGAGGAGAGGAAGAUCAUCGGGAAGAUCGUGAAGGCAACGUGUGGAGGAGGAACGAAGGUCCAGGUGAAGACCAUCAUGGGAGGAGCAGCGGCAGAAGAGAAGAAGAAGAAAGAGGAGAAGGAGAAGAGGGCGGGGAAGCUGAAGGAGGCGGCGAGAGAGACAGACAACAGGAAAGAGAAGAAGAACAGCGAAGAGGAGCCCAGAGCUACGGCAAAAUCCCAAGAGAAGAAGAAGAAGAAGGAGUUCGAGGCGGGGAAAGCGGCACCGACUGAACACGAGAUGGAGAAGAAGAGCGGCAAAAGCGCAGAAGAAGACGCGCCGCUGACGAGGAAGCUCUGCGCCGAAUAUGAGACGAAACCACAGAAGAAAAGCGACAACCCGGUGGCGGAGGAGUCCGGAGGCGCCGCCGCCGCCGCCAGCGAGGAGGCGCAGAGCGGCUCGUCGGGUGGAGCCGAGGCGGAGAGGCGGAGUCCCGCCAUGACGCUGACGGACUCCACGCUGCACCGGAUCCACGGAGACAUCCGGAUCUCCCUGAAGACCGACAACCCCGACAUCAGGAAGUGUCUGACGGCGCUGGACCAGCUCAGCAUGGUCUACGUGACGUGCAAACACGUCCAGAGGCACAGCGAGCUGGUCUCCACCCUCCGGAAGCUGCGCUCCUACCGGGCCAACCGGGCCGUCAUGGACAAGGCGGCCAUGUUGUACAGCCGCUUCAAGAACGCCUUCCUGGUGGGGGAGGGCGAGGAGGUGGUGAGCGCCGCCUUCCUGCGCUCGCUGCUGGAGGAGAAGGAGCGGGAGGAGGCUCAGCGGGCGGAGAGGGGACGGGGCAAAGGGGGGAGACCCAGAGACGUGCACCAGGAAACCUAG